CGUCUACAAAAAGCGUUCCGCGCUCCGCGGCUUCCGUACAAUCACAGUCCAGGAAGAGCAGAUAUCUUUCAAUCUUAGAAUCCAGCGCUGAACCCGCGACACCCGACUGAGAAACCACCGCGUGACAAAAUCAUAUCGCUCAGAUAUUGGUCAAGAUCAGUUAAAUAUCUGGGCGUAUACUCGAACAAAGCCGGUGUAGUCCAAUUGUCAUGGCUAGAGCCGCUGUGAUGCUGCUGCUUUCUGUGGACUGACACCGUUAACAAGAAGCUGCUUCUCUUACCCUGGCACAGUCACAAACAUCUGGAAGGAUGAAGCUGCGACUGCAUUUUGUGGUGGACCCCAUGGGCUGGUUCUGCAUAAGCAUGGUCCUGUUUGUCUGGCUCUAUAACAGCGUCCUGAUUCCCAAACUGGUGCUGUUGCCGCAUUAUGCAGAGGGACACAUACCUGCUGUAUUUGUGGUCUUGUACUAUUUAGCAUCACUUCUGUGCGUCUCAGCAUUGUUCAGGGCUUCCACCGCCGACCCCGGAAAACUUGCUCAGGAUCCCAAAAUUCCACUCGCAGAGAGAGACAACUGGGAACUGUGCAAUAAAUGCAACGUAAUGAGGCCAAAGCGGUCACACCACUGCAGCCGCUGUGGCCACUGUGUCCGGCGCAUGGAUCACCACUGUCCCUGGAUUAAUAACUGUGUUGGGGAGGAUAACCACUGGCUCUUUUUGCAGCUGUGUUUUUACACUCAGGUUCUGAGUCUCUACACUCUGGUGCUGGACUUCUGCCAGUACUACUACUUCCAGUCCCUGUCCUCGGUAGACGGGGUGGACUUUGUGGUACGUCAUGAGUUGGCUUUUCUGCGUGGUUCCUGUUUCAUGGGGCUGAUCAUGUUUGGUGGAAUGAGCAGCCUUUUCUACACACAAGUCAAAGGAAUUCUUGCAGACACAACUACUAUAGAGAAGAUGUCACACUUACUAGAAGACAUUGGAUCGCGCCGGUCGUGGCAGCAAGCGAUGGCUGAGGUGUUUGGCACUCGCUGGAAGAUCCUGUGGUUCCUGCCGUUCAGGAGCAGACAGCCUCUAAGGCUCAACUUGACCUCCCGCUCUCAUGUGUAGACAGACAGACAGAGACACACACAUCUCUCCAGUGGGGAAGGUCACCCUCCCUCCAAAAAUCCUCUUCAAAUUCGCUUGGUAUCUAUACUGGAUUAAACCUUUUCAGGUUCUUCGGAACAGCUAAGAAUAAUCUGACACAUAUCUAUUCAUAUAGAAUGAAUACCUUUUUUUUUUUUUUUUUCUUGUUUUGACUGCACACUCUGCUGCAGGUUUGUAUGUACUACUGAAAAAUGAUUCCAGGGAGUAGUUUAUUGUGAGACUUGGUUGUCUCCAGGGUAACCCUUAUUUUGUUGAGACCUCAGCCCAGUCCAUUCCCCUAGGUCUAGAUCAUACGAGUAGGGACACAAGUGGGCGGCGAUUGUCUGCUUUUAUGGAGUGUUGAUGGCUCUUGAGGUGUGUCAUGACCUCUGGCAUGGGUAAAAGACACUGAAGUACACACACACACACACACACACACACAGUUUACAAUAACUCGCUAUCAUGCACAUAAUCACACAUACCUCACCAAGCACUGCUAAUGCCUCUGCUUCACGUUUGACUACUACUGCAGUUUAUCUCUGUUUUUCAUUAUUAAUGUUUGUGUGCCUUUUACAAUCAACAACUUUUUUUGUCUUUUUAUUACAAAUGUUAUUUUAAACAAGCAUCAUGUUUUUUUUUUUUUUGAGGAGCUAUGAAAGUGUUAAUAAUAACUUAAUGUAAGUUUCAUAUUUGAAAACGUUAUUGCAAUAAUAUUAAUUUUGCUAAACGAUAAAAUGUUCUAAAUUAAGUUAAUUGAUGUAAAGAUGUAAUUCACUAAAAAGGGAUGAAUGAAACUUUUUUUUUUUUUUUUUUUUUUUUUUUUUUUUUUUUUUUUUUUUUGCCCAUAUUUUUACUGAAGGUUGCACAACACUACGGCACACAAGCCCUUGCUUUGUUAUUAAAUUCUCUCUUGAACUUUUCAGUGUGAUUCAGAUCAACCCUAAAAUCUAGUAGCAAAACAGCAGUUUUCUGAAGUGCCUCUAGUCAUGUUAACUUGCUCUCUGUUAGGUGCACAAAUACACCACUGUGACUUUUUGGUUUUAGAUCAGACUUACUUUACUGUGUCUUCAGGUAAACUGUAAUGAUCCACAAGAGCGUUUUAGUUCAUAUAAUACAUUAUAGGUGAAACAAUUACUGCACAAUAAUAUGCAUGAAUAGUUAUUUGCGCAAUUGUGUUUUUUGUCCACUAGGCCUGAGAGUAAAUGAUGCCUCUAUGAUUUGAAAACGUUCUUCUCCUGGCUGCACUGGUGGUGUCCCGGCAGCCCUCACUAGCCUAAUUCUAGCUCUAGUCCACAUUCCAUUCAAAAUGAAAACGAAUUUAAUUCAAAAUGCACCUGAAUAAUGUUUAUAAAACGGUUGCUUGUUUUUUUUUGUUACAGCACUUGAGUCCAAGCUGACAACAUUUACUUUAUAUGAGAGAUACAUACUUGAAUAUUUAUUUUGAAUAUCAUGCGUUUAACUUGUCUUUUUUCUUUCUUGGUGUUGUACUUUUUCUUUUUUAAAUUUCUUAUUCUUUAUUGUGAUUUUAGGUUCUAAUAACUGACUAUUAAAAAUACUGUUUUUAUGGUUCUUUUAAAUUUUUGAGUGUUGUAGCAGCUUUGCUCUUUUGCUUAUUUUAAAGACAUUUUAUUUUGUUUGUUUCUUUUUAUUGCUAAACCAAUGAUAUGUUGUAUGUAACACUGGGUGCAAUGCAGGGGCGUCAUAUUUAUUUAAUAUAUAUAACAUUACAGAGUAGUUUAUCUCCUUAUAUUAACAUGAUAUCGAUUAAGAGAGCUUAUAAAAGAGCAGUAUACUCACUAUAGCUGUUCAUAUACAGUAGGCCAUCUUCACAUUUUUGUGUCAUUGUAAAGCAAUAAAACCUGCUAGAAGUUAUUCACUAUUAUAGCAGAAAUGACAAUUGUAUGUGCAGGUAGUUCACUGAACGUCAUUUUAUUUGAAUCUCCUCAUGAAUAUUAUAAUGUAUACACACUCCUAAAUGCUGUCCUGUGGAGGAUGACGGCCCAAUUCAGGUUUAUGAUCUAAAUAUAUCAGUUAUGGUGUCUAUUUCCUUAAUUUGUGGUUUCAGUCACAAAGUUUAUUUUGUAAUCAUGAGAGUUUUAAGUAUCGCAAAUGUAAAUUUAUUUAUGAAGGCUUUUUAAAAAAUAAACGGUGUUCCUUUG